UCUUGUUAGACACGAAUGGCGGGUAAUAUGCUUUACCUUCACAGCGCGAAACUUUUCUAGGGUUUCAAAAUUUUCUCUUGAACCCAGACUCAAGUUUGAGAAUUUACGCAGGAAAAUAUCCGAAUCUCUAAAAAAAUUAAAUUUUAGUCCAAAUAUUGCAGAACAUCAUCUCAACUCCUAAUAAAUCGGAAGAAUUCCCUGUAGAUCCUGAAGUAAUGGGUAAUAAAGUCGACGAAGAACUCCUCUCUACGGUCCGGUCUGUGGUCGGGGAUGAGUACACGGAAAUGGACAUAAUUCGAGCCCUUCAUAUGGCGAAUAACGACGCAACGGCAGCAAUCAACAUCAUUUUUGACACCCCGAGUUUCAAAAAGUCCAUAUUUAAGAAAGCUUUCGAGGUACCCAAUCUUAGUACAAGGUCAGUUCCAAGUGUAGGUUCAAAUGUAAGAAGAAGCAGUAAUGAAAGUGAGAAAUGUGAACGUGGUACGACUUCAAAUGAUGGGAACGUAGGAGACAGCGAUGGGGGUAAGAUGGGGAGUGAGUGGUGGCUUGUGGGCAUUGGUGAAGUUGCGGGGAUGUCAACAUGUAAGGGUAGAAAUAUAAAACCAGGAGAUGAAGUCUAUUUUACUUUCCCGACCGAGAAGAAAUUGAAUUCUCAAUCCACUAGGAAACUUGGCCGAGGUCGACAUAUGGUUGCUUGCUCUGAAAUCGUGCGUUUCUCUUCAAAGGCUCUUGGAGAGAUCGGGAGAAUUCCAACUGAAUGGUCUCGAUGUCUCUUGCCACUUGUGAGAGAUAAUAAGGUCAAGGUUGAGGGGUGCUGUAAAUCCGCGCCUAAUGAGCUGGGGAUCAUGGACACAGUAGUUUUGGCGGUCAGUGUGUAUAUCAACAGUUCCAUGUUCUGUAAAAGUCAUAAGACCGUUCUCAAGGUGGCCAGCAACAAUUUGGCAGAUGAAUCAACUGUCUAUCCCCUCCCAUCAUUGUUCCGAUUGCUAGGACUUGCUCCUUUCAAGAAGGCAGAAUUUACUCCAGGUGAUCUGUACACAAGGAAGCGUCGUUUGACUGAAGAGAACACUUCUCGCAUUCUCACCCCAUCAUUGCGUGUUAACAAAGGCAAAAGAUUGGAUCUGGAUGAAGGUAAAGCCGAAGGUGACGAGACAAUUUCAGAUACUGAUCUGGAAAAUAUUGUGGGUUCUGCUAACAGCUCUGACUUACAGGAAAUGGAACCUCCGAGUACACUUCAGUGUGAAUUACGUCCUUAUCAGAAACAGGCUCUUCAUUGGAUGACUCAACUCGAGCGGAUACACAGUGUAAAUGAUGCAGAAACAACUUUGCAUCCGUGUUGGGACGCAUAUCACCUUGCAGACAAGAGAGACCGGGUUAUCUACUUGAAUGCCUUUUCUGGGGAUGCAACCACAGAAUUUCCAAGCACUCUCCAAAUGGCCAGGGGCGGAAUUUUGGCAGAUUCAAUGGGACUAGGGAAGACUAUAAUGACUAUAUCUCUUCUUUUAAGUUGCACUGAAAGAGGUGGAUCAUCAGGAAGCCAAUCAACAAGCCAGUCUUCACAUGAAAAUGGUGAAAACAGUAAUUUGUCAUAUCAGUCUUCAGCUCCUUCAAAGAAAUCAGCAGGAUUUACUGGUCUUAAGAAGUUUUUGAAACAAAAAACCGAACUGACAUCUGGUGGUAAUCUCAUUGUAUGUCCUAUGACACUUUUAGGCCAGUGGAAGGCAGAGAUUGAAAUGCAUUCACACCCUGGCACAUUAAGUAUUUAUCUUCAUUAUGGACAAAGCAGAUCAAAGGAUCCAAAAGUUAUUGCUCAAAGUGAUGUUGUACUAACAACAUACGGAGUUUUGGCAUCAGAAUUUUCUGCCGAGAAAGUUGAGGAGAAUGGGGGGCUUUUCUUGAUUAGAUGGUUUAGAGUGGUCCUUGAUGAGGCACAUACCAUUAAAUCUACUAAAAGCCAAAUUUCUCUUGCUGCAUCUGCACUUAUUGCUGAGCGCCGGUGGUGUCUUACUGGCACGCCCAUCCAGAAUAAUGUUGAGGAUCUUUACAGCCUCCUAAGAUAUUUGAGGGUUGAACCAUGGGGAAGCUGGGCGUGGUGGAAUGAGCUUGUUCAGAAACCAUUUGAGGAGGGAGAUGAAAGAGGGUUGAGACUUGUUCAGUCAAUUCUUAAACCAAUCAUGUUAAGAAGAACAAAGUCUAGCACAGAUCGAGAAGGCAGGCCAAUUCUAGUUCUUCCACCAGCAGAUGUUCAAGUAAUUUAUUGUGAACUUACAGAAGCAGAAAAGGACUUUUAUGAGGCCCUGUUUAAACGAUCAAAGGUGAAGUUCAAUCAGUUUGUUGAGCAGGGGCGGGUUCUACACAAUUAUGCUUCUAUUUUGGAGUUGCUUUUACGACUCCGUCAAUGCUGUGAUCAUCCAUUUCUUGUGUUGAGUCGAGGUGAUACUCAAGAAUUCUCGGAUUUGAAUAAGCUUGCCAAACAUUUUCUUAAGAGUGGCCGGAAGAACACAAGAGAACACCAAGAUGUUCCAUCACGAGCUUAUGUUCAAGAGGUUGUAGAAGAUUUACGUAACGGAGAACAAGGAGAGUGCCCAAUUUGUCUGGAAGCCUUCGAAGAUGCUGUGUUGACUCCAUGUGCCCACCGAUUAUGUCGAGAGUGUCUCUUAGCAAGUUGGAGAAGUUCCACAUCUGGGUUUUGUCCUGUUUGUAGAAAGACUGUCUGCAAGCAGGAACUGAUCACAGCACCAACAGAUAGCCGUUUUCAGAUAGAUAUAGAAAAAAAUUGGGUGGAAUCGUCUAAAGUUACUGCAUUGUUGUAUGAAUUGGAACAACUUCGUACUCUCAACUCCAAAAGCAUUGUCUUUAGCCAGUGGACUGCCUUUUUGGACCUCCUUCAAAUUGCCCUUGCUCGAAAAGGUAUCCCUUUCCUUCGCCUUGAUGGGACAUUAAACCAGCAACAUCGAGAGAGAGUAAUAAAAACAUUUUCAGAAGAAGAAAGUGUUCUGGUGUUGCUGAUGUCGUUGAAGGCUGGUGGUGUUGGAUUAAACCUUACAGCAGCUUGCAAUGCCUUUGUCUUGGAUCCGUGGUGGAAUCCUGCAGUGGAGGAACAGGCUGUAAUGCGAGUUCAUCGUAUUGGACAAACCAAAAAAGUUACAAUAAAAAGGUUUAUUGUAAAGGGAACUGUUGAGGAGAGAAUGGAGGCAGUGCAAGCCAGGAAGCAACGAAUGAUUUCGGGGGCACUUACAGACCAAGAAGUCCGCACCGCUCGAAUCGAAGAACUUAAGAUGCUUUUUUCAUAGAGCACAGCAGGAGGGUGUGCUUCCUACUUCUACGUGGUGACACUAUUGCAUGGGAUCAUGGGAUGAGUUACCCAAACUGUAUUCCAUUUGCAUGCUUUCAACCAUUGAAAUGGAAGAUCCGACCCCGACUCAGAUCGGCACUUCAACAAAGUUUUAGCCACAUUGAUAUCCAAGGUGGAUUGAUGGAGCUUUUCAUUUGUCAGAACUGCAUUACCCAUCUCUCAGGCGUAGUCAUAAGGGGCCAGUUAUAGAGUAACAACCGCAUAAAACAACUUGUUAUGGUAGUUUGUUGUGUCCAUAGCUGCACUAAGUAACAUGUAUGUCUAUCAACCAUUUGUUUGGGGGAAAUUGGAAACAAGGAAGAGUAGACGAAGAUUCUCGGGAUUUGUAAUUAAUUUAUCCCUUACGCACCUUUUGCAUUUUAUGGACUGCUGUGUGUA